UUCUGGUGUUCUAUCAACCUCUUCUUCCAUCGCCUGGUGCCCAGCUCCAGCCCCAGCCCUCCCUGCUGGCACACUCCCCGCAAUCCCCCACCCAGGAUCCCAAAGAAAGCAGACAGAUGUCCACAGGCAUGGGGACAGUAGACAGUGGUGAGGCGGCCCCUGGAGCUCCGCAGCCCACCCACAUUGAUGUGCACAUCCACCAGGAGUCAGCUCUGGCCAAACUCCUGAUAAGUGGGUGCUCCCUGCUUCGUUCCUCCACCUCCAGCGCCCUCUCCCAGACCCGGGGCGGGAGCCGGCUGCUGGUGGCCUCCUGGGUGGUACAGAUCGUGCUAGGGGUGUUGAGUGGGGUCCUGGGGAGUUUCCUGUACAUUUUCUACUCUUCCGCCUUGCGUGACUCAGGAGCUGCCAUCUGGACAGGGGCUGUGGCCGUGCUGGCUGGAGGUCUUGCCUUCAUUUACGAGAAACGGGGUGGCAUCUACUGGGCUUUGCUGAGGACCCUGCUCGCCCUGGCAGCUUUCUCCACAGCCAUUGCCACCAUCACCAUUGGAGCUGAUAACUUCUAUAGGUGCUACUUAGAUUUUGAAGACUUUAUCUGUGAUGUCUCCCCGAGUGCCUGGUACGGGGUCACCCUGCCCCCCAGCACUCCGAGUCCAGAAGAAACCAGAAGGCUGCACCUGUGCCUCUCUUAUCUGAACAUGGUGAAGGUCCUGUUCAUAAGCUUUCACAUCAUGCUCUUGGCGGUUUGGGCUCUGCUGCUUCUGGCAUCUCUGGUCCCCGUGUGUCUGUACUGCUGGAGAAGGCUCCAGUGUAAGGAAACAGAAGAAACUGCUGCAAGUGAGUGAAAUCUAGCCCUGCUUCUCCUGAGUGCUCACGCCUGGACUCUUUCUGGACUGCAUGUCCCUGCUUCUGGCUCCUGGGAGAAGGACCAGGCUGGGAAGGUCCAGUUAUCCUGCCCCCACUGCUGUGCCCACUGCCCUGCCCCAGCGAUCAGGAUGGCAGCUCUCGCGGCUGGCUCACCUUCACUGUCCCGCGCUGCUUCACCUCCCCUCCUGAGCAGUGAUGAUAAUAAAUGACUUGUUGUUGCUCCGAGCUUCUUGCAUAGCUCUCCCGCGGAAUUUCUCUGUGCUGGGAGAGGCGGAGGAGAAUGAGCUGAUGCAAACCUAUGAUGCUCCUCCCUCUCCCAACCUCCCUUCUGGGCCAUGAAAGUAGCCUGUCUUUGAGGAUGGUUCUGGGACUGUAUGUCCAAGUGCCUGUGUACAAAGGAUGAAACAAGUGGGGACUCUGAGCCCUGCUCCCUACGAUUCAAAUUUAAGAGAGUGAAUGCUGGGCAAACUGAGAAUUAGAUUUGUUUUUUGCCUGUUUGGAAAAAGUAAGGAAUAAAUGCACCAAGAUGCCA